AUGGAAUCACGGCGGGAAGACGGUAGUGAGUCAUCUUCAUCAAGAAUCCGAACUCAAGGCACCCAAGGGCUUGGGCGACAUGGAAUCUCCAAUACUGAAGGCUCUCUCGCCCCUCAAUUUGUAAAUCGAAUGGAAGACGGCACCGAUUUUGACCCUGGUGCUCUACGUUCAGUUCUCUGGGGCACAGACAUAAAUAUCGACGAAAUUCAGACAAAAUUCAAAGAUUUCCUAUUAAGAUUCACUGACGCAGACGAAAUGAGUGAUGGGGAAACUCCUUUCUACAUCAAAAGGCUGAUAGAUAAUACAAACACUGCAUUCUUCAACCUCGACGUAGACUGUGAUCAUAUUUUCCAAUUUGACAGAGAGCUUUACCAGCAGCUAGUUAACUACCCUUCAGAUAUUGUCCCACUUUUCGAUUUAUCAGCAAUGGAGCUCUAUAGGAGUCUGCAUAACGAAAAUUUAGACGAAGACUACAAAAUCCAAGUAAGGACCCACAAUUUAAGACAUGUGACUGGGAUGAGAGAAAUGGGCCCAGACAAAAUCGAUAUGCUAAUUGCAGUCAGGGGGAUUGUGAUAAGAUGCUCAGAUAUAGUCCCUGAUAUGAGGGUUGCUGACUUCAGAUGCGCUCAAUGUGGAAGACAUGAAAAGGUUACCUUAGAAAGAGGAAAAGUGGAAGAGCCGAACUCUUGUCCAAGGUGUUUAGCGAAAUAUUCAUUUGAGCUGAUUCAUAAUUUGUCAAUAUUUUCUGAUAAGCAGCAUAUAAAAAUCCAAGAAACACCUGAAAAUAUUCCUGAAGGAGAAGUCCCGCAUACUGUGCAUAUUUGCUGCUAUGAUGAUAUGAUUGAUAUUAUGAGACCUGGGGAUAGGAUUGAAGUAACUGGAAUUUUUAGAGCUUGCCCGAUGAGGGUGUCUAGGCUAAGAAGGACCUUGAAGUCUAUAUACAGCACUUAUGUAGAUGUUGUGCAUGUAGCAAAAAUGCAUAAGCAGAGAUUUACACAUGAGGAAGAAGAGGUGACUGAGUUUUCUGACGAAAAAAAGCAGCUUUUCCAUCAAAUUGCAGAGAGACCUGACCUUUAUGAUCUCCUUGUAAAAAGUUUUGCACCAAGUAUUUGGGAAUGCGAUGAUAUUAAAAAAGGACUUUUGUGUCAGCUUUUUGGAGGAUGCAAUAAAAAUUUCAGCAAUUCAGGUAGGGGAAGGUUCAGAGGAGAAAUUUACCUAUUUAAAAUGAAUAAAAAUAUUUUAAUAACUAUCUCUAUUGGAUAUAAAUAGGCUAACUAUAAUGAUGCUUUCAUUGCGAGCAUGCAUAAUAUUUUGCUUGUUGGAGACCCAUCAACUGCAAAAUCUCAGCUUUUGCAGUUUGUCCAUAAGCUUUCUAAUAGAGGAAUCUAUACCUCACUCCCCUCCUUUAAAUUGGGACAAAAUAUAGUAAAAUUUCAAAUUUUUUGAGUAUUUUAACCUCCAUUUAAUUAGAGCAAUUUUUUUCAAUAGGAAAAUUUUAUAAGUGAAAAUGUUAAUUUUAUAAAAUCAGUUUAGAUCUAAUUUAAUGUAAAAAGUGGAACUAUAAUCUUAUUUAAAUAGUUUUACACUAAAUCAGCUAAUUUUUUAAUUAAUUCUUUUAAAAAAAAUAUUAAAAUUAAAUAAAUUCCAUUUUUUUAAUAUUUUAUAAAAUAAUUCAAUAGAGAUAAUAAAAAAUAAUAAAUUAGCCUUCCUUUAAAUAUGAGCAGGUUUUUUUUGUUUCGAUUUAAAGUAGGGGAUUUAGGGAAAGGAAGUUCUGCAGUCGGGCUUACUGUUUAUGUAAAAAGAGAUCCAGAUACCAAAGAAAUUUUAUUAGAAAGUGGGGCGCUAGUACUGAGUGACAGAGGUAUUUGUUGUAUUGAUGAAUUUGACAAAAUGGAUGACUCUACUAGAGCUAUGCUUCAUGAAGCAAUGGAGCAGCAGACGCUAUCUGUAGCUAAGGCAGGCAUUAUUUGUCAAUUAAAUGCAAGAACUGCUAUAUUAGCUGCAGCCAAUCCAAAGCAGAGCAAAUAUAACCCUAAGAUGUCAGUUGUAGAGAACAUUGAGCUUCCACCUACCCUGCUGUCACGUUUUGACUUAAUUUAUCUAGUUCUUGAUAAGACAACUGAAGCAUAUGACAAAAGGCUUGCAGGGCACAUUUUAUCACUUUAUGGUGAUUUAGUAUUGAAAAAUGACCCGACAGAUACCAUUAAUAGAGAAACUUUGGCUGGUUAUAUUUCCUAUGCAAGAAAAUUCGCUACUCCUAAAUUAAGUCCUGAUGCUUCGUCUUUAUUGGUGAAUUCUUAUAUUGAAAUGAGAAGAGUAGGAAAUUCAAACAAAACUAUAACCGCAACACCUAGGCAGCUUGAAAGUAUUAUAAGAAUUUCAGAAGCCUUACCCUCUCUAACUAUUUUACUCUAUGGUAACAGAAUUUUUGGCAAUUAUUUUUUUCUUAAAAAAUAGAAAAAAAAAAGUAAACUAUUUUAUUUAAAAUAUUAAAUAUUCUAAACCUUUAACGUUCAAUACAUCUAGAAGAAUUAAAAAUUGAAAUAAUAGAAAUUAUUUGUGUUUGCAAUUGAAUUUAUUAUAAAGUAGCACUAAAGAUUGCUCGUGGAUUUAGCAAAAAUGAGACUUUCACCAGCUGUACUUAAAUCUGACGUAGAAGAAGCCAUAAGACUUAUGAAAGUCGCGACUCAGCAAGCUGCUACUGACCCCAAAACUGGACAAAUCAAUUAUGAAUUGAUAUUAACUGGACAUUCAGCUGGAACCAGGCAAAAAGUGCAAGAAAACGUAACACUUAUAAGGCAAGUUUUAGGAGAAUUCAAAGAAACAGCCAAAAAAGGCAUAAAAAUUAAGACUAUUUUUGAUGAAUUUAAGAAGAAAAUUGAAGCUCUAGGACUGUCUUGCACUGAAAUUGAAUUUAAUGAUGCUAUUAAAAAUUUAGAAGAUGAAGGGAUAAUUACUACUACUGGAAAGCGACAGCCAAUUAUACGUUUGAUAAGCUUCCAGUAA